CCAAAUCCCACCACGCAGGCAGUCAGGCACCCGCAUUGUUUCAAAAAUCUCGAAUCGGCCCCUGGUUCUGGCAGCGCAGCCGCCGCCGGCGGACGGAGGGCCCUCUUUCCGGGUGAGGCAAGUCGAGGCCUGCUUUGCCUCGCUGUAAGCUCGCCGGAAGAGGGAACCGGGGAGGGGAAAAGACGCGCGGCAGUGGUGGAGUGGAGGUGCCAAGGCUGAGGGAGGCGCGCCGCCGCCCAUGGACGCCGCGCGGUGGGUCGUGUGCCUGCUCGUGACGGUCAUCUGCUUGUCGUGCGCCGCCGCCGCUACCGCCGCCGUGAGGUCGCCGGCGGCGAGGCUGCACCGCCACCUCAAGCGGCUCAACAAGCCGGCCGUGAAGAGUAUCGAGAGUCCAGACGGGGACAUGAUAGACUGCGUGCACAUCUCACACCAGCCAGCGUUUGAUCACCCAUACCUCAAGAACCACACGAUCCAGAUGAGGCCGAACUACCACCCGGAAGGGCUGUACGAGGAAUCCAAGGCCUCCAGCAGCGGUGGCGAGAGGCCUAUGGCUCAGCUCUGGCAUCAGAACGGGAGGUGUCCCGAAGGUACGGUCCCCAUCAGGAGAACGAGGAAGGACGACCUGCUGAGGGCAAGCUCGAUGCGUCGGUACGGCAGGAAGCGCCGCGCCGCCGCGAACCCGAUGUCCGUCAGUCCCACCAUGCUCAACGAGGGUGGGCAUCAGCAUGCCAUAGCGUACGUCCAGGGCGACAAGUACUACGGCGCCAAGGCGACUAUCAAUGUGUGGGCGCCCAAGAUCGAACAGCCCAACGAGUUCAGCUUGUCCCAGCUCUGGAUCUUGGGCGGCUCAUUCGGGGAGGAUCUGAACAGCAUCGAGGCUGGAUGGCAGGUUAGCCCUGACCUCUACGGGGAUAACAACACGAGGCUCUUCACGUACUGGACAAGUGAUGCGUACCAGGCGACAGGGUGCUACAACAUGCUGUGCUCAGGGUUCAUCCAGAUCAACAACCAGAUCGCCAUGGGCGCCAGCAUCUUCCCGACCUCGAGCUACUCCGGCUCCCAGUAUGAUAUCAGCAUACUGAUCUGGAAGGACCCCAAGGAGGGCAACUGGUGGAUGCAGUUCGGCAAGGACUACGUGCUGGGUUACUGGCCGUCGUUCCUCUUCUCGUACCUGGCGGACAGCGCGUCGAUGGUGGAGUGGGGCGGGGAGGUGGUGAACUCGCAGGCGGACGGCGUGCACACGUCGACGCAGAUGGGCAGCGGGCACUUCCCCGAGGAAGGGUUCGGCAGGGCGAGCUACUUCAAGGGGGUGCAGGUGGUGGACAGCAGCAACAACCUCGGGGCGCCCAGGGGCGGCCUGGGCACCUUCACGGAGCAGUCCAGCUGCUACGACGUGCAGAGCGGCAGCAACGCCGACUGGGGCACCUACUUCUACUACGGCGGGCCCGGGAGGAGCUCCAGCUGCCAGUAACUGGUGGGCUCUCUAGCUAGGUAGUGAUGUGCGUGCUGCUGGCUUCACCUUUGUUUGUGGUAGUUUCUUCUUCUUCUUCCGAUUAGUCAUUAGUGCCGCCGUGCCGGGAUGGCUUCUGAAGAGAAGCAUGGCAUGUGGUGGUGGUGGUGCCCUACCCUACCCUUGUUGUGGUGGCCUGCCUCCUUUUCCUAUAUGGUAGAUUCACUUGUUCGUCCUUGUGGUUAGGACUGGGCAUUUUUAACCCGAAAACCGAACCCGAACCGAACCCGAACCCGAAUAGACCGAAUAGGUCGGUUUUCGGUUUUCGGGUUCGGGUUUCGGUUCAUAGAUCUCUUCUGUUCGGGUAUCGGUUUAGGGUUCGGUUUCCAGCCAGCCAAACCCGAUUAGACUCAAAGAACCGAACUAUAGUGAUCCUCCCUCUGUCCCUCAGCCCAAACCGCGAAACCUAGUAACGGGCUAACGGCCCAACUCAGGCACAGGCACUCCGCGGUGACAUAGGCGCAGUCCAGUCCGCACCCGCACCGCACGCAGCACGCACCCGCAGGCCGCAUUGCCGCAACCCUAGCCGCAUGGCGCACGCUGGUCCGCCGCCGCGCCGUCGAUCCACCGCUGCUCUGCCGCACGGAGUCGCACUGGUCAGCCACCGCGCCGUCGAUCCACCGCUCUGCCGCCUCUGCGCGUCAGCCGCGCUAGGCGCCAACCUUCCACUCCAUACCGGUCCACCGGCGUCGAUCCACCGACGACUCCGUACUCGGUACUUCCACCGCAUCGCGGCACCGGUCCACCGCUCUGGCGACUCGGUGUUCUGCACUUCUGCUCCGAUUUCGGCGUCCUGCUCCACGGUGCCCACGACUCGCUGCAGACCGACCCAGCACGUAAGGUGCCGCGGAUCCUGGUUGCGUCCGAGGAGAGGCUGCGCCGGAACGCGGAGUUCCUGCUCAACGAGGUCGGGCUGCCGCCGCAGUACAUCGUCCGCCGUUCGGUGCUUCUCAUGUACAGCCUCGAGAGGCGGAUAGUGCCCCGGCACCUCGUGCUGAUGGUUCUCAAAGAGAAGGGGUUGGUUGAGCAGGACCGGUGCUUCUUCAACGUGGUUCUCAACGAGGCUGCACUUCUGUUUGUGAAUUGUGAUGGAUUGAUGAUGAACCUGUUAAGUUAUUUCCUGUGGUGUAUGAACUUGCAUGUAGUUGGCAUUUUCUAAGUCAAUUUGUCAUGUAUUUGUAUGCACUUCUAUGC